CUUCUCACAUCACACUUAAACCAUCACGCUCUCUCCAUUUCUCCCCACACACUCUGCGUGCUCUCUCACACACGGCGAUCGAUUCCCCCCGCCUCGCCGGAAAUUAUGAUUCCGCCUUCUGAUGAUCGGAUUCCAGGCUGCCGGAGAACUGACGUCAUGGUGUUAGUCCCUUUUUCUCCUCUUCUGAUUUUGAUUGUUGAGGUUCGGCCGUAAUUCAAAACCCUAAGCAAAAGCGAACUUAGUUUUUUUUUUUUUAGGUAGCAGUUUUUAUAAGUCAUUCCAUGCUUUUUGUCUCCGGUGUAUGAUCGAUAGAAGAAUUAAGACUAUCAUAGAUUUUUAGCCAAAUUCUCGGUUGUUAUUCCGAUUUAAUUCGGUCUAUGAGUUUUGAGAUCUCUGUUUUUUGGAAGAUCGUCUAAUUUUCGUCUUUAUCACCGACUGUUUUUGUUAGAUCGGUUUGUUUUAGUGUGAUGAUUAGGUGAUCGUGUUCCCGUAGCCAGUUUUUUUUUUUCCUUUUUCAUCUAGAAUGCCUGGAAAAUUAGGACUUAUCUAGAAAUUGAAGUUUUCAACGUUGACUGAGAAUCUGUACGCGGAGAAAUGGAGCCUGAAAACUAGCGGCGUGGAAAUUGUGAUAAUUUAUUAGUGGACCACUGAAUUUAAUUCCUCACGCUAUGAAAAUUCAACCGAUUGAUUUCAACGAGGCGGAGGAGCCGACGGCGAAAUGUGAGGCGGGUGCGAAGCCAAUAUUUAGGUCGAGAUUCAAGCGGCUUUUCGAGAGGCCGUUCUCGAGCGGCGCCAGAGCUCCGGCGGGGGAAAAGCCGGCCGGCGCCGCUGAGUCGCUGGCUAACAAAGACGGAUUGGAGGAGUUUGAGCCUAGCUCUGUUUGCCUUGCGAAGAUGGUCCAGAAUUUUAUGGAGGAAAACAACGAGAAGCAGCAGCAGAGGUGUGGAAGGAAGAGAUGCAUUUGCUUAAAUGGAAACUGCACUGACAGCUCCGAUGACGAACAAGACUCAUUCAGUUCGUCUUCCUCACAUGCUUGUGAUACACUGAAGAGUUUGGUGCCCUGUAUCUGCGUAUCCGAAAGGAAUUUACUAGCUGACACUGCGAAAAUCGUCGAACGACACAAGAUCAACAAGCGCAAAGACGGAUUCUGCAGAAAACUCGUUGCAGAUGAUCUAACUGCCCUUGGAUACGACGCUUCAAUCUGCAAAUCGAAAUGGGAAAAAUCCCCUUCUUUCCUCGCUGGAGAAUACGAGUACGUGGACGUGUUGAUUGGAGGGGAAAGACUGAUCAUCGACAUCGAUUUCAGAUCGGAGUUCGCCAUCGCAAGGCCAACCAAAGCAUACAAACUAGUCCUCCAAGCACUACCCAGCAUUUUCAUUGGUAAACCCGACCGCCUGGAGAAGAUCAUCGGAAUUGUAUCCGAUGCUGCAAAGCAGAGCCUCAAGAAGAAAGGCAUGCCGGUCCCUCCAUGGCGGAAGGCUGACUACAUCAAAUCCAAAUGGCUCUCGCCCUUCACCCGAACCGGGCCGUGCGCCCUUUCGAAAGUAGAGGCGUCGGAGGUGAUUCGAGGUGGAAAGCCAUCAACCCCUGAUGAAGGUGAAGGUGACUCUCUCUUUGCUUUCUCUAACAGUAACAGUAACAGUAACAGUAACAGUAACAGUAACAGUAACAGUAACAGCGGCAGCUUAUCUGAUGCGCAAAUGAAAAAGUGGGAGCUGCCCCAGAUUAGGCCUAAAAGUGUUAACAAAGGUGUGAAGAUCGUGACCGGUUUAGCUUCAGUAAUUGAUAAUAAACCGUAAAAUAAUUUUGGUCCUAUUUUUGGUCAUGUAUCGUUGUAAUCCCUUCGCCUUUUAUGUAAGGGUACUGAUAUUGUAGCAUCUAGACUAUUACUCUACUAGUACUAUCAAUAAAUAAAUGGGCACAUUGCAGUUAUGUAAGGGUACUGAUAUUGUAGCAUCUAGACUAUUACUCUACUAGUACUAUCAAUAAAUAAAUGGGCACAUUGCAGUAGUACUGCGUUGUGUCAUUGAUGAUCUUGA